AUGGCAGUGAACUACGAGCAGUUCUGCAUUAAAUCAGUCGAUGGAGGAGAUGCAGCGGACUCAUCGUCAAAGGUCCCCAUUAGCAAAAUCCUAGAGCCAUCGCAGCUCUGCGAUUAUAGCUCCAAGAAAAUCGAGGAGCGCUGGAAGAUUCCCGAAGUUGACGGCUGCAAGUGCAAUCGUCGCCGCUGCAACAUCUAUCAGUUCCAGUUGUUUUGGAAAGAGCAUCAAGCGUUGGUCAAGGAACAUUCAAAGCUCAUGGUUGAUUGGUGCUUCACUCAAAAACUUUCACAGCAAUUAGAGGAUCUUCAAGAUCUCAAAGAGCGACAUAAUCAGUUCCGCAAGAGACUCAGUGACGCGGGAAUCCGUCGCAGAUAUCAAAAAUGCGGAAACGUCGAUUAUUUAUCACUCCUAUCAAGCGAAGGACGCUGCUUCACACCAUACGAAUGCCGGAUCAAGCGACUGGAGAAAGACGGAAGAUUGUUGUGGGCGAAGAAUUUCUGA